AUGGGUAUCCGUAUAACUAUUUGUUUGUUGUUGGCUAUGGCUUUGGUUGUGGCCAAUGCUCACCAACUUCAACAACAAGUCGAUAUCAAUCACGACGAAUCGAAUACAUUUGGUGGAGCCAAGGCUGUUUUGACAUGCGAUCUUUGUAAGACUGCCGUCAAAUCAUUGCAAGAUAUCGCUGGCUCUGGAUCAGAGACCUGGCACAACGACGUCAUCGACUUUGCCAUCGAAUUCUGUACCCUAUUCAAGAUUGAGAAGGCCACUGUCUGCCAGGGAAUCAUCCCACUUUACAGAAACGAGACAUUCGAGAUCGUGGCCAAUCGUGCCUACCAACCAGAGUACAUUUGUGGCUUUGUUGGAAUAUGUCCAUUCAACCCAGCCAACUUUAGUGGCCAGGUUAACUUCCCAACACCAAAGCCACCCCAUGUGGCCCCAGUCAUGCCACCAAAAGGCGGCCCAACCAAGACCAUUCUGCAUUUGACCGACUUCCACAUUGACCAGUUCUACGUUGCCGGUAUGAACGCCGAGUGUGGUGAGCCAGUCUGCUGUCGCGCCGUCAAUGGCCCAGGUAGCGGCACAUCAGCCGCCGGCGAGUGGGGCGACUACCGCUGCGACGUCAACAUGCCAAUGGUACACAACAUGAUGCAGAACAUCGUGGCCAGCCACCCAGCCCCAGACUACAUCUUCUGGACUGGUGACAACCCACCCCACGAUGUGUGGAUGCAGACUCAGGAGACUCAGCUCAACGCGUCGGCUGUCAUCACCGACGUGCUGGCCAAGUACUUCCCAGGCUCACAGGUCUUUGCUGCGAUUGGCAACCACGAGGGUGUGCCCGUCAACUCAUUCCCCGAGCCCCCCAACAGCCCAUCGUGGUUGUACCAGGGUCUAGCCAACGACUGGGCCACCUGGCUGGCUGGCACCGAUGCCAGCAUCGACACACUGCUCUAUGGAGGAUACUACUCGGCUCAGAUGAUGCCAGGUGUCCGCGUCAUGUCGCUCAAUAUGAACUGGUGCAACAACCAGAACAUCUGGAUGAUCCAGAACAUCACCGACCCCGCCAGCAUGAUUGCCUGGGCGGUCCAGGAGCUGCAGGCCAUCGAGAAUGCUCACGAGCACGUCUACAUCAUUGGACACAUCCCAUCGGGUGUGAGCGACUGCAUCGACGUUUGGUCGCAGCAGCUGUACCAAGUUGUCGAUCGCUAUGAGGACAGCAUCAUCGGCCUGUUCUUUGGCCACACUCACCACGACCAGUUCCAGCUGUACCACGAUGCCGUCGACGGCCAUACCACCGCCGUCUCCUACAUCGCACCAUCUGUCACCACCUACACCAACCAGAACCCAUCGUACCGUAUCUACACAGUCGAUGAGGAGACUGGCUACUUGCUCGAGUCGUCCACAUACCGCACUAGUGUUGCCGAGGCCAACCAGCAAGGCACACCAAUCUGGGCUCUGGCAUACAACGCCACCACUCUGUACAACAUGCCUGACCUGUUCCCAGAGACCUGGCAACGUGUCGCCGGUGAGAUUGCUGCCAACUCCACCCUGCUUGAGACAUACUAUGUCAACUACUACGCCGCUGCCCCAUAUGCCACUGAGAAUCCAUGCACCAGUCGCAGCUGCAAGCUCUACUACGAAUGUGAGAUGAACUCUGGUUACUCUGCCCAGAUCACCAAGUGUGAGUCUUCCAAGACCCAAGGUGACCUCCAAGCUCUUGCCGAUCUGCACAACUUCCGUCAGGAAGUCCCAAGAUCAUGC